AUGUUAGAAAAUCAACUUAAAUAGAAAAAACAAGUCUAGAGAUGUUUUUAAAAAAAUAGUUUAAAGCAACUUAUUUUAGGAGAAACAUGAACAAAAGCUAGUUUUACAAACACCGAGAAACAGAUUAUGAGCAAAAAAAACCUCAAAAGCUGCUUCUAAAAAUUUUAGCAAACAAGUGAAUGAAACAAAUAUUUAGUACGUGAAGAAAUAAUUAAAGGGCUAAACCUAUUUAGGCCCAAUUAGUAAAUUGGGCUCAGUGUUCAAAUCCGGGUCCUUCAAACGACCCACUUUUAAAACGGACAUACAAUUCGGAUCGUACCAGAUUCCCAAUUUCACAAGGCCCAUCUUCUUCUUCUGCUUCACUAUUUUCCAAAGCGUGCCCCUUUCCAUUUCUCUCAUUUUUUUUCUCGCUCAAUCCUCCGCUGUUCAUCCACUCGCUCUCGUUCUUCUUCAUUUAUUUUCAACGCUCUUACUCAGACCACUCGGGUGCAGACAUGAUUGAUCGUUUUAUCGACAAUACGAUGUUCAGGGAUUAUAAUGAAGCAUAUAAGGUGAGGUUGAACGGGAAGUAUAUUGAGCUUCAAUUAACUCGGAGGUUUAUGGCAGAGGUGGUUAUGUUGCCUAGAACGCUUGUUAAGUGCAUUUUGGAGAAAAAUAUGGAGGAGAAGAUGCGUGUCGGUGAAAUUAAAGAAGGUGAUUCGGUUACUGUUGACCUUGGUUCUGAUGGGAAGAUAUUGGUUCUUGACAGUAGAAGCGGUACUCUGGCGGAAGAGGCUGAGGAAGGUAGCAGUGGUGCUCCGGCAGAAGAGGCUCCGGCAGAAGAGGCUGAGGAACCAGUUAUUGUCUAGAUGUGGGCCCCAUUGUCCUUUUUCCUGUGGUGUUUAUUUAUUAUUAUUUUUUUAUCGUUCUGGCUAUGUUGAGGUGACUGUGUAGAGCCAGUGCAACGAGAAUGAUUUAGAGUGCUCUUUAACUUCAGAAUCGUUCUGGCUGUGUUGAGCUGACCUCCCAGUUGUUAUAGUAGACUAAAACUUUCCUAUGUAAACAAUUUAUUUUUAAUAAAAGUUAAUUCGUUCGAGAA